CCGUGAUGACCGCCCGGCCGGCCCGGCCCACCUCACCUACACCCAAGGCUGCUCCGCCAACGGCCACCCUCGCACCUCCACCGAGGAAGAGGAAGAGGAAGGAGCAUCAUGCGGAGCAGCCGAUGCCCACUCCUGCUGUGGCUGAGGUGAGGAGGAAAAACUCAUAAACCACACUGCACUGUGUAAUCAACUACUACUGGUAGGUGCUUCACCACUGUUUUCUUACAAUGUGCCUGUCUGUCUUCACAGCCUCAAUUGCCGGAGAGCUGGCGGACCGCGCUCUCGAGGGAACAGCAGGAGUGGGUUGCCGGGGUGCUGUUUCGGGUGGACAGCAGGGGGAAGACCCGUCUCACCGAGGACCUGGACCUGUGGUGGGACCCCCCCAAGCCCCGGCAAAACUACACUCAGCCGCCCGCCAAUCCUGCAUCCUUCUUCGCGUGUCGGUUGUUCCUCUGGAUGCCCCAGCGCCUGUGGGGUGUCCGGCCGGCAUGCACACAGCCCGGCUGUAACAAGCUCCUGACCAAGGCUGGGCUGUACAAGACCAUCCGGAGGGUCUUGGACAUCGACUCCUGGUACUUCAUGGCCACCGAAUACCUGGAAUGCAGUCGAUGUCAGAGGAAGGUAGCAGGAUGGUCGCAGGAGGUGAUGCAACAGCUUGGGCCCGAACACCUGGCCCAAUUUCCAGCUGUGCUCACCUACAAGCUCUCCUGCGACUGGCGGGUUAUUGCCAUGCUGCGCGAGCGUUCUCGGGGGAACAGCGCCACGCAGCACUACAACAAGAUCCGUGAGCUGCACACGGAGUCGUGGAUGCGGAAGACCAUCAGGUACCUCAGCGUCAUGAAGCCCUUCAGGAGAGCGGGAGUCGUGGCCGAUGUCCAGCCGCCGCCGCCGAUGCGCCCUGUCCCACUUCCAGGGUGGCUGCUUACCGUCUACGGCCACAACAUCCUCUCCCGCCUCCAGGACGCGAAGGCCCGGGUCACCUCCAUCUUCGGGAAGAUCCUGAAGAUGGAUUCCACCAAGAAGGUGACCCGAAGACCUACCAGCGCCGCAGCAACUUCAAAUGACAUGUAUUAA